AGGAGGUGCAGGUGAUCAGUUACUAUGGCAGCACUUACUGCAUUAACAGGGAAUUAUACUAGAAUACAGACAUUAGCAUCCUAUUUCCAGCAUUGUCGACGAUCAAAACGAUGGAUUAAUCUGAAAACAGUCAACCGGAGAAGCCCUUUUUGUCAGUCACUGAAAAGACAUGUUGCCACUGUGGUCUCAGGGACAGAACUUGCUCGGCAGAUCCAUAAAGAAGUCCAGAGUGAUAUAGCAAAACUAGUGGCCCAAGGCAUCAGGAGACCUCAUCUGAGUGUUAUCCUGGUGGGAGAUGAUCAUGCCAGCCACGCUUAUGUGAGAAACAAAACUCGAACGGCUUCACUGCUUGGCAUGUCGAGCAGCACAAUCUUCAGGCCAUCAUCAGUAUCUCAAGAAGAGAUGUUGGAGCUGAUAGACAAAUUCAACAGAGACAGGAGCAUCAGUGGACUGCUGGUUCAACUCCCUCUUCCAGAGCACAUCAACGAGAGAGCCAUAUGCAAUGCUGUUGCCCCAGAAAAAGACGUUGAUGGAUUCCACAUAGUAAACAUUGGGAAACUCUGCUUGGACCAAAGGUGCAUGGUGCCAGCCACAGCAGCGGCAGUGUGGGAAAUCAUCAGAAGAACGGGAAUUGAAACAGUUGGAAAAAAUGUGCUUGUUGUCGGGCGCUCCAAGAAUGUAGGAAUGCCUAUUGCAAUGCUGCUGCAUUCGGAUAGAAACCAUGAACGACCGGGAGGUGAUGCCACAGUUAUCAUGGCUCAUAGAUGCACUCCUCUGCCACGACUGAAGGAACUUGCCAGUCUGGCUGACAUAGUGAUUGCGGCUGCAGGUGUGCCUCACUUAAUAACGGCAGAGAUGGUAAAAGAGGGAGCCGCGGUUAUUGAUGUGGGCAUCAACCGCAUGCAGGACCCUGUCACUGGGAAACUUCGUCUUGUUGGAGAUGUGGAUUUUGAAGCUGUGAAGGUGAAGGCUGGAUUUAUCACUCCUGUGCCUGGAGGAGUGGGCCCAAUGACCAUUGCCAUGUUGGACAGGAGACAAGCACUUCAGUCUGGAUACUUUAAUUGGCACUAUUUGUCCGUAUCUUGAUUAUAAGCACAAGCCCUUGCGAGCUUCCUCUUUAACAUCCUUCCCUGUUCGUCGGCAAGCUGGAACAGGCCAUUCAAGCUGGAACGGCAGCCAUGCAUGUCCAUGACGGUAACUGCACCCUAAUUUGUUUCUUAAAACUGCCUCCUCGCUGGUUCGUAAGGAGCUGUUGCCUUUGCUACAGUGUUAUUAUUUUGUCGGAGCCAAGAAAAUAAGGAGGGUUUACUCUGCAAGUGUAAUAUUACCUCCCUGACAUGCAUGAGUGAAGGCGGAAGUCUUACCCAUAUCAUCCUCACAGGAGAGUUUCGGUAGGGCUCGACAGGCUGCUCAACAGGUGGCCUCACAUGUCUGACAGAUGAAUCUGUUGGCACUGAGACAAAUGGGACAUUACUACAUUUUCUCAGGAAAUUAUUUUCGAAUAUCAGUUUGAACUCAAAACGGCAAAAAUUUACACAAGGGUGCUGCUGUCCUUUUAUUUAUUAAUCCAACCUAUUUAUGGUAUUAUGUAUACAUUGUUUAAUAUGCAUAAAUGUGUGCUUUUGUUUAAAAA